AUGGAAAUAAUCCGGAGUAAUUUUAAGAGUAAUCUUCCCAAAGUGUGCCAGGCCAUAGAGGAGGCUGACUUCUUCGCCAUCGAUGGGGAGUUCUCAGAUCUGUUUUGUUUGUUACUGUUUCAGAGCUCCAGCAUUGACUUUCUAGCCAGCCAGGGGUUUGACUUCAACAAGGUUUUUCGCAACGGAAUUCCAUAUUUAAAUCAGGAGGAAGAAAGACAGUUACGAGAACAGUAUGAUGAGAAACGCUUACAGUCCAACGGUGCAGGAGUUCUGUCUUACGUGUCUCCCAACACUUCAAAGUGCCCUGUGGUCGUCCCUGAGGAUCAGAAGAAGUUUAUUGACCAAGUGGUAGAGAAAAUAGAAGAUUUAUUACAAAGUGACGGAAGCCAGAACUUGGAUUUAGAGCCGUGUACCGGGUUCCAAAGAAAACUGAUUUAUCAGACUCUGAGCUGGAAGUAUCCCAAAGGCAUUCACGUUGAGACGUUAGAGACUGAAAAGAAAGAACGGUACAUCGUCAUCAGCAAAGUAGAUGAAGAGGAACGCCAAAGAAGAGAACAGCAGAAGCAUGCGAGAGAGCAGGAUAUCAUUACCAACACAUCCCUUGCAGAACUGGAAAAGCGGUUAAAAGAGACACCUUUCAACCCCCCAGAAGUUGAAAGCGCAGAAGACUUUCCCAGUUACGACACGGCUUCCGAGCAGCUGCACGAGGCGGGCUAUGACGCGUACAUCACAGGCCUGUGCUUCAUCUCCAUGGCCAACUACCUAGGUUCUUUCCUCAGUCCUCCAAAAAGUCACGUGUCGGCCAGAUCCAAACUCAUCGAACCUUUUUAUAACAAGUUGUUUCUUAUGAGAGUCAUGGAUAUCCCCUAUCUAAACUUGGAAGGACCAGACUUGCAGCCUAAGCGAGAUCAUGUUCUCCAUGUGACCUUCCCCAAAGAAUGGAAAACCAGCGACCUAUACCAGCUCUUCAGUGCCUUUGGUAACAUUCAGAUAUCCUGGAUCGAUGACACCUCAGCUUUUGUUUCUCUCAGCCAGCCGGAACAAGUACAGAUUGCUGUCAAUACCAGCAGAUACGCAGAAAGCUAUCGGAUCCAGACCUACGCUGAGUAUGUGGGGAAGAGACGUGAGGAGAAGCAGGUCAAGAGGAAGUGGACUGAAGAUGGUCGGAAGGAGGUGGAGAGGAAGCGGCUGGACACUCAGUGCGUUUCCUAUGCUGUGCAGAACCACUGUCCCCGCGCCAACAGUUUGACAGCUACCACCGCAGGAGGAAAGAGAAACCUGAGCCCUAGUCUAGAAGCAGCCGGCUUAGAGGACAGGGUGUCGGGGGAAAUGUCCGACGCCGAGCUCGAGAAGACAGAUUUCUGUGCAGAAACUCUCUCAGAGGGAAGGAGAAGGGCCAAGAAAUUAAAAAGAAUGAAGAAGGAGCUUUCCCCGGCAGGUCAGCACUGGAUCUUCUGA